GAGAGAGACAGAGACGCGCAAGAGGGGGAUCAAGGGGGGUGUUCAGUGCCUACCUCUAUCGGGUGAAUCUUCAUUCACCUGGUAGAUCUAGCUCGACCCCCAACCAAAUCACCCCCCGCGGAGCUUGCGCGCCAUCCAAAUCUCUCCUCCGACUCCGACCAAACGAUGGGCGCCGCCUUCAAGCAGCUCAGGCGGCUCCGCACGCUCGGCCGCGGCGCGUCCGGCGCUGUCGUCUGGCUCGCGGCGGACGAGGCCUCGGGGCAGCUUCUGGCGGUCAAGUCGGCCGCCGGGCCCGGGGGCGCCGCGGAGCAGCUGCGCCGCGAGGGCCGCGUCCUGUCCGGCCUGCGCUCGCCGCACAUUGUGCCCUGCCUCGGCUCCCACGCUGACGCCACCGGCGAGUACCGGCUCUUCCUCGAGUUCGCGCCCCUCGGCUCGCUCGCCGACGAGGCGGUCAGGAACGGGGGCUGCCUCGAGGAGCGCGACAUCAGGAGGUACGCGGCGGACCUGGCGAGGGGCCUGGCCUACCUCCAUGGGGAAUCGGUCGUGCACGGGGACGUCAAGGCGGCCAACACCGUUGUCGGCGGCGACGGCCGGGCGAAGCUCGCGGACUUCGGGUGCGCCAGGGCGGCGGGCUGCGACCGGCCGAUCGCGGGAACCCCGGCGUUCAUGGCGCCGGAGGUCGCGCGCGGGGAGGAGCAGGGACCGGCGGCUGACGUGUGGGCGCUCGCCUGCACCGUCAUCGAGAUGGCCACCGGCGCCGCGCCGUGGAGCGACACGGACGACGUCUACGCCGCCGUUCACAAGAUCGCCUACACGGACGCCGUCCCGGAGCUGCCGGCGUGUCUGUCGUACGAGGCCAAGGACUUCCUGCGCAUGUGCCUCGAAAGGAACCCGCGCCACCGCCCCACGGCUACGCAGCUACUGGACCACCCGUUCAUCGUGUCCGCCGAGCCAGCCAAGCACUGCUGGGCGUCCCCGACGAGCACACUCAACACCGCGUUCUGGGAGUCCGAAGACGACGAGGACGAUGACGAGGAGGCGUCAGAGAGCGCGGCCGGAAGGAUCAGCUCCCUGGCGAGCCCCCGCUCGGCCUUGCCGGACUGGGAUUCCGAGGAUGGUUGGAUCGAUGUGCACAGCGAGUGCUCCCUGCAGGUCUCGGAGGUGCCGGCGAUCACCGUGACCGUUGGUGCAGGUUUUGGCCUUAGGAGUGAACCUCUGGAUGCCGCCGAGGUAGGUCUCCACGUCGUUGACGUGGAAGACGCCAUUAGAUAUCCUACUAGCCAUGUAGGAGUUGUUGAUUUCCUUAAGUUCCAGCAGAGACAUUCGAGUUUGAGUGUAGGCGGUGUAGGGUUGUGCUUGCGCCCGGUUGCUUGUCACCAGGUCAAAACUGUGGAUCGGAACUCGGUUGUCCUUGUAAUGACAAAUGAGAAAUCAAGUUUUAUUAUGCACAAAUUUGGUGUUUUCGUGAUGAGCCUAUUUGAAUUUGACCUUGUCUAUGUGUGGUACUCUACUAUUGCAUAUGUGUCGUAA